AUCAUUACAAAGAAAAUAUUGAUUUGCUGCUGUCUUACUGCCUGGAUACCUACAUGAGGCACAGAAACGAUUGAUGAAAUGAGUCAUGGUGGAAAUGAGUUGAUGAAUAUUUGCAGAGGUGGGCUAUUUUCAGGAGGAACAGCUGACUGGCUCUCCAUCCUGUGAUGCGUCUGUGCUAUAAAUCCACCUGAUGCCUCCGCCUCCUCGGUGCGCUCUCGUCUCCUCCAGCUUCAGCAGCAGCAGCAGCUCCUGCAGCGUCCGCAUCUUCUCUGGAAACACUUUCACCGCCAAUAUUAUCCUUCCUUUUGAACUCAAACCUCCUCUCAGCCGUCAUUUGGAGGACGCGUAUAGAGCGAAACAUUGUGGUCGCAGCUUCGAUGCGAGUAUUUAUUUAUUUAUUUUUUUUGUGCAUCACAUGGAUUACGCGUCCCAUUCAUGAUUUCCGGAUCGUGUGGAUACAAGCGGCAGGUCUCAUGGCAGCAGUCGCAUGCCACCAGCCAGAUGUGACCCAGCUUUGGAAAAACUGAUUGAUGUGACCCCCAGGACCUCCUUGUUGGACAUCAUGGGAUGCGGCACCUCCGUUGCUACGGAGACACAAGGGAAAAUAUUAGAGACCGCUAUGAAGGCAGCUGUUUUGAUCCAGCGAUGGUACCGGCGCUACAUGGCCCGUCUGGAGAUGAGGCGCAGGUACACCUGGAACAUCUUUCAGUCCAUUGAAUAUGCUGGGGAACAGGACCAGCUACAGCUUUCCAGUUUCUUCAGUUUCAUGCUCGACAACUUCACUCAGCUGAAUGGAAAUGGACCAGACUUGAUCUCCCAGCUGCUGGACCCCUGGUUAGACAGAGAGAUCUGUUACAACUUGAUCCCCGUUCCAGAGUCGUACACGGGACCCCGACUCUCGUUUCCUCUCUCCGUCUCUGAUACGAACGCUCUCCUCAGUGCAUUUAAGGAGCAACAGACCCUACAUGCCAGAUAUGUUCUGCAGCUGCUGUACGAGACCAAAAAGCUCCUCAAACAGAUGCCCAACAUCAUCCACUUGUCGACAUCCUACACCAAUGAGAUCACUGUAUGUGGUGAUCUGCACGGGCGGCUUGAUGACUUACUUCUCAUAUUUUAUAAGAAUGGCCUUCCCUCUGCGGAGACACCAUAUGUGUUCAACGGGGACUUUGUGGACCGCGGGAAAAAGUCGAUCGAAGUGGUCAGCCUCCUCUUUGCCUACCUGCUGCUUUACCCCGACUACAUGCACCUGAACCGAGGAAACCAUGAAGACCACAUAAUGAACCUCAGAUAUGGGUUUACAAAGGAAGUCAUGCAGAAAUACAAGACUCAUGGCCGUGAGAUCCUCCAGCUGUUUCAGGACGUUUUCAGCCUUCUGCCCGUCGCGACGGUCAUCGACGGAAAGAUCCUGAUCGUUCACGGUGGGAUAUCAGACCAGACCGACCUGGACUUCCUCAGCUCCAUAGAAAGACACAAGGUGAAAUCUGCCCUGAGGUUUCCCAGACGCAGUUUGGAGCAGCUGGACAUCGGUCAUUCCUGCAAAAGAAUGAGAUCGACGGCCGGCUCUCGUCCCAGCAGCCACAGCAAAAACCAACCGAGAAAGACGCGAUGCGGGCACAGCCGAGAAGACAGCGCAGCCUCCACUUCUUCCUCCUCCUCCUCAUCGUCCUCGUCCUCCUCUUCGUUCUGCUCCCCUCGAACUCCAUCGUGCCUCUCGCCCCGUCCGUGCCCGUCUUCUCCCAGCAUGCCUUACAAUAUCAAUGUCCUCCAAGUGCCUUACCUGGACUCUCUGUCUUCCGUUCCCCCUCCUCCACCUCCACAGCACGAUCGGGAAUGGAGACAGGUAGUGGAUAUAUUGUGGAGUGACCCUAAACCCCAAGAAGGCUGCAGUCCGAACACAUUCAGAGGAGGGGGCUGCUACUUCGGCCCAGACAUCACCCGCAGACUGCUGCUCCAGCACGGACUCCAGCUGCUAAUCAGAUCCCAUGAGUGCAAACAGGAGGGAUACGAGUUCUGUCACGGCGGACAGGUGAUCACCAUUUUCUCAGCGUCAAACUAUUAUGAGGAGGGCAGCAACCGUGGCGCGUACAUCAAAGUGGGCCGAGAACUGGUUCCCCGCUUCUACCAGUACCAAGUCAGCCGCACAACACGCAAACUCACCCUGACACAGAGAGUGAGAGUUGCUGAAGGCUCCGCCCUCAAGGCCCUGAAGGAGAAGCUGUUCACCCAUCGCUCUGAGCUGCUGUCGAGCCUCCAGCAGUACGACCAGAACAACACCGGUUGUGUGUCAGUCAGUGAAUGGGCUCAGGCGUUUGAGUCUGUACUGAGACUGGAUCUGCCCUGGAGGACCCUUCGCCCGCACUUAGCCCGCCUGGCACCAGAUGGCAGUGUGGAUUAUCAGUCCUGCUUUGAGGACAUGGAGCCAGGGAUUCCUCUAGCUCAGGUGACUCCAAACAUGGCUGAAACUCUGUUUAGAUACAGGACAGACAUUGAGAUAAUAUUCAACAUUAUAGACAAAGACCAUUCAGGUCUGAUCUCCAUCGAGGAGUUUCGGCACACCUGGCGUCUUUUCAGCGCCCACCUGGGGGUCGACAUCGACGACAGAGCCAUCGACGACCUGGCCCGAAGCAUCGACUUCAACAAGGACGGCAGCAUAGACUUCACUGAGUUCCUGGAGGCCUUCAGAGUGGUACACAAACUGGACAACAAGGAACAACUCAACGGGAAGACGGCUGGAGGGAAGUGUUCGUGAAGGGAAGAAUCUGAAUGCUACAGU